CGGCGCUCAGGGCAGCCGCGGCGGCGGGGGCCUGGGUGUGCGCGGUCGCGGCGGGGUGACAUUGGGCCGGGGUAGCAACAUGGCGCAGAAGCUGGUGCAGACCCUCAGCACCCGCGGGCCGCAGCUCCUCAGCGCCGCCGUGGCGUACUCGAAGCCGCGCCUGGCCACGUUCUGGUACUACGCCAAGGUGGAGCUGGCCCCGCCGACCCCCGCCGAGAUCCCCCGGGCCAUUGACAGCAUGAAAGCCGUGAUCAGGGGCUUCCAGACCGGCCGCCUGGCGCAGCUCACCGUCAGGGAAGCGGUGAGGAACGGGCUGGUGGCCACAGAGGUGCUGAUGUGGUUUUACAUCGGGGAGAUCAUAGGCAAGCGUGGCAUUAUCGGGUACAACGUCUGAAGGCUUGUCCUCAAUAACACCGUCCUUGGGGCCAUGUUCCCAGUCUAUAUUGGGGUGGGUGACAAUAAAGCCAGAACCGGUGUUGA